AUGUUCGCCGGUGUAGAUAUUGGUGCUACGGGUAUUAAAGUGGGCGUUGUAACGUCAGAGGGCGUUGUGGUGGCGCGUGAACAGGCGAAUUUUCGCCCAAAUAAGCACAAGCCACAAGAUGUGAUAGAUCUGUCGAUCUUCUUGCUGCACAAAGUACUAAAAAAAACAAAAUUAGAGCUAGAAGAUAUCAGAGCCGUUGGUGUGGGGUGCCCCGGUGUCCUUGAGGUUGGUGGAGUUGUUCACGCUGCUGCCAACUUUCCGACCUGGAAAGACGUGCCACUUCAGCAAUUAUUUUCCGGUAUUCUUGACAAACCAAUUACAGUUUGCAAUGACGCCGAUGCUGCCAUUUUAGCGGAACAGUGGGUUGGUACAGCCAGGAGCGGUGUCAAGGACUUUAUCAUGCUCACUCUUGGUACUGGAGUGGGUUUUGGGGCUGUUGUGAACGGUGAGCUAGUGCGGGGUGGCAACAAUGCCGUUGAAGGGGGUCACAUUAUUGUCGAGCGUAAUGGAAGAUUGUGCGGGUGCUCCCAACGAGGAUGCUUAGAGGCAUACAGCUCGGCAAGCGCGCUCAUACAUCAAGUUCAAGAGCAUUUACGCGCAGGCGAGGUCUCAAGUGUAUCUCAAUACCUUGAAACUCAAAUUGAUGCUGAGUUAGUUUUCAAGCUCGCCUCUGAAGGUGAUGAAUUGUGCCAGCAUCUCAUCGAAAGCGCUGCUGACUAUCUGGGUUUUGCGUGCGUGACCUUCUGUCGAAUGCUGGAUCCAGAGAUAAUCGUUCUUUCUGGUGGAAUAGCUGAAGCUGGCGAGUCAUAUAUCGAAAAAAUACGCCUUGCAUACGCCAAGUAUUCGUGGACAAGACUUCCAAACCCUGUACGCAUAGAGAAAGCAAGUGCAGGAUAUGACUCCGGUAUUAUCGGUGCGGUUGCAGUGCACGCAUGCAGAAAACAACUCAAAACACAUGAAUAA